UUUGGACUAAAGGAUGAUCUAUUAUGUAGCCAUAAUGGAGAGUGGACCCAAGCUCUUGUGUGCAAGUCACUGCUCCUGGUUGUACGGUGGACGUGGAGAAAAGAAGGCGUGAGGGGAAUUUGCGGUUUAUUGUCACUUUCUUCGCGGUUUCCAACAUUCCUUCCCAAAGACGAAAUGGCGCUCGUGGGUCACUCUGAGCUCAUCAGGCAAAAAUGGCCCACUAAUGGUCGAAGCAUAUGAUGUCGAGGAUCGAGCUCUACCGAUCUCAAAUAAGUCCAUCGAAUAAGCUCAUGGUGGACUUGACCGAGAUCGGUAGAGCUCUGGGGCCUAGCCCCAUGUUGCACGUCCGGUUUCAUCCAUAUACCUUCAUCCUGGUCGAAGACACAAUCUCAUUUGGUCCAAAUUUCUUGGUUAACAGUGCAUCUCAGACGACAUGUGACAUACAGACGAUCAACUCAAGCAUUUCAAUCAGCUACUCCUCGAUAGACAGCACGAGUAACGCUGCAGGAAUGACGUCGAGAUUGACGAUGGAACGGACAGAUGUGAACUGCUGGCAAGGGUAGCGCAUAUCAUCAUCUGGACCGUCUGCAAGAAUGCACUUUAAUGUUAAUUGUUCAAUUCCUUGACCUCUGCUUUCUACUAUAAAAGCAGGAAAUCCUGUAUAUAUUUCAACUUGAAUUAGAUCUGUUUUUCUUUAAAUUUCAACACGAGCAAUUCUUCCAUAACUUGACGAACACAAGAAGAGCCCUUCUUCCCAUCCUUUUGGCUUUACAACUUGGCCCCCCCCCCUUCCAGAUAUAAGAAAUGCCAGUGUACAAGGUGGGCCUCGGAGCCAUUGUUGCUGUGAGACCAGCACUUAAGGUAGUAGAAGUACUCCAAGAGAGCUUCCUGAUUGCUCAAAGUGAGUGUAUUCAAACUCAUCUGUUCUCUUCGGUUCCAGUAUUUUCCCGAUUUUUCUCAGCGAGGUGAAGACAAGUCCCCAUCGUUAGGGACAAAACUUCACGAAUGGAAUCCGACUGACUAAUAGACUAAUGUAAUCUUACUAACUGUCAGCGAUUCUAUUUUAGAGCUGAGUUUCAUUGAUUUUGAUUGUCCGGAAAAGUAGCUAUGCACUGAAGUAUGGGCAAUAUCUCUCCCGUCUCGAAGGUG